AUGGCAACAACCUCCCUUUCUAUUUCCAUACCGAUACUAGCGAUAUGGGCUAUCUGGAUCUUAUUAUGCGGAAAGUGUUUGGAUAAUGCACUUCAGCAGCUUGUUGUUGCUGCAUCUGGGUCAUCUCAUGCCUUUCAACUUAAACAAGCCAAGGCUUUGCAGGAGACUGGUUGGUGGCCGUCCACUACUCAUGCCCAAGCCAGUAGUAAUUAUUCAAGUGCAUGCCACUGGGAUGGUAUUACUUGCAAUGCUGAUGGAAGCAUCACAACCAUCGAUAGAUUUUAUCAAGGUUUGGGAGGUCAGUUAAUCAAACUCAACUUCUCUUUCUUCCCAAAUCUAGUCAGUCUUGAUCUUAGAUCGAACUCCCUUACGGGGCGUAUCCCACUUGAGAUAGGGAUCCUAAAGAACUUGGUCUAUUUAAGUCUUAGUUUCAACAUGCUCGUCGGUCCAAUCCCUUCCACUUUGGGCCAUUUACCUAAUUUGGAAAAUUUAGACCUUUGUCAGAACAAAAUCAAUGGAUCUAUUCCUCCCGAGAUAGGAAUGCUGAAAAAUCUAACCUCUUUAUACCUUUCUUCGAACAUGCUCGUCGGUCCAAUCCCUUCCACUUUGGGUCAUUUGAUUAAUUUGGAAUAUUUAAACUUUGGUCAGAAUAAAAUCAAUGGAUCCAUUCCCCCCGAGAUAGGGUUGCUGAAAAAUCUAACCUCUUUAUACCUUUAUUCGAACAUGCUCGUCGGUCCAAUCCCUUCCACUUUGGGCCAUUUGAUUAAUUUGAAAUAUUUAUACCUUGGUCAGAACAAAAUCAAUGGAUCCAUUCCCCCCGAGAUAGGGAUGCUGAAAAAUCUAACCUCUUUAUACCUUUAUUCGAACAUGCUUGUCGGUCCAAUCCCUUCCACUCUGGGUCAAUUAGCUAAUUUGGAAUCUUUAUACCUUGGUCAGAAUCAAAUCAAUGGAUCCAUUCCCCCCGAGAUAGGGUUGCUGAAAAAUCUGACCUUUUUAUACCUUUCUUCGAACAUGCUCGUCGGUCCAAUCCCUUCCACUUUGGGUCAUUUGAUUAAUUUGAAAUAUUUGGACCUUUCUCGGAAUAAAAUCAAUGUAUCCAUCCCUCCUGAAAUAAAGAUGCUUAAAGAUUUGAGCUACCUUAACCUUAGCCAUAACUUUAUUAGUGGAGAAAUACCUAGCGCACUUGGGAUGAUUGUCCCUCUAUCGACCUUGGAUCUUAGCUACAAUAAUCUUACGGGCAACAUUCCAUCUUCUCUCACUGGUAUAUAUACACUUGACUUAUCACAUAAUUCUUUGGAGGGUCAAAUUCCAGACUGUUAUGCUCGGUAUCAUACCCCCAACACAUCAAAUGGCAAUAAGGAUUUAAGCAGUCAAAUCAAGAUAUUCCCUCCAUGCCCAAAAGGUAAAAAAUCAGUCAUAACCGAAAUAAAAACUUUUUUACCCAUCACCAUUUUCCUCGGAUUCCUGUUUAUUGGAGGGGGUAUUUUCUUGUCCCGUCGCAUGUUCAAGAAAAACCAGAUUGAGUCUAAGGGAUCAAAGAAUGGAAACAUAUUCUCGAUAUGGAAUUAUGACGGACAUAUUGCAUAUGAAGACAUUAUUGAAGCAACUGAGGAUUUUGAUAUCAGAUAUUGCAUUGGAACUGGUGGUUAUGGUAGCGUUUACAGAGCAGAAUUACCAAGCGGAAAUGUGGUUGCCUUAAAGAAACUUCAUCAGAGAGAGGCUGAGAAUCUAGGUUUCUAUAGGAGUUUUAUAAAUGAGGUGAGGGUGUUAACAGAGAUAAGACAUCGAAAUAUUGUGAAGCUGCUUGGGUUCUGUGUACAUAAAGAAUGCAGAUUUUUAAUUUAUGAGUACAUGGAAAGGGGAAGCCUAUUUUGUGUCCUAAGAAAUGUUGAUGAAGCUAUGGAACUGGAUUGGAGCAAGAGGGUAAACAUCAUCAAAGGCACAGCACACGCCUUAUCAUACAUGCAUCAUGAAUGCAUCCCAACAAUUGUUCAUAGAGAUAUAUCAUCCAACAACAUUUUGCUGAACUCUGAAUUUCAAGGUUUUAUAUCUGACUUUGGAACUGCUAAACUCCUUGAUCCUGACUCCUCCAAUCAAACAUUGGUUGCUGGCACUUAUGGUUACAUUGCCCCAGAGUUUGCCUAUACGAUGACAGUUACUGAAAAAUGUGAUGUAUAUAGCUUCGGUGUGGUGGCAGUAGAAGUAUUAAUGGGAAGACAUCCAGGAGAACUCUUGUCCUCAUUAUCAUCAUCAUCAUCAUCAUCAUCAUCUCAAAAUAUGAUGCUAAAUGAAAUAUUAGACCAACGCCUGCCACCUCCAAAUCGUCUAGUUGCACAGGACAUUUUGCUUGUUGCUACAGUAGCAUUUGCAUGCCUUCACACUCAGCCAAAGUCUCGGCCUACAAUGAAAUGUGUGUCACAAGAAUUUCUCUCUCGCAAGAAGCCGUAUGUCAUACCCCUGUCUACGAUUUCACUCUUGCAACUGAAGAAACAAGCAGCAUACGUGGCUGGAUCAGGAUUUGCUUAUUGUUAGGGUGUUUUGUGUAAUGUCAAGGUGUUGUUUACAUUUCUCGGUCUUUUUUUAAGAAAAAUAUUAUUUGUAAGCAUUCCAGAUCACUCCAUAAACCUGAAGUACUCACUGUUCAAAUAGAAACAGAAUGGGUUGUUGUGUUUGUAUGAGUUAAGUGUGCAAAUAGAAAGUAGAAGUGAAUUAAGUAAAAUCUGAUAGA